UUAAAAAAAUAAUAAAGCAAAAUGAGCUCAUAAGCUGCAAUAAACAGAACCCAAAAUCCAGUCUUUUGAUCCCUUUGGCAAUUUGUUUAUCCUACAGCUCCUUCCUCCUCUCUGAAACUUCAUGGCGAUCAGAUUUUUGUCGGCCAAUACUCUGUUUCCAAUCAAUGGAACAUAUUCUUCGGCUCCUGUGAGAACUUCAGCGAUCUGCAACUGUCAUCUGAAGAUUGAAGUUUCUUCAAGUCGCGGGGAAAGAAUCAGCUUAGAGAAACAGGUUUUUGAGGAUAGAGAGAUUGGUGUAAUCUGUUACAGAGAUGAGAAAGGUGAACUAGUCUGUGAGGGUUACGAUGAAGGACCAAGAUUUACAGUUCGGCCAUCGGAAUGCAUUAAUCCGCAGAGGUGAGAAGAAAUAUGAACUAUAAAUGGUGA